AUGUCUUAUUUCCGUAGCGGUAUCAUUGGGUUUUUGUCUGGCUUGGGUCUUAGUUAUGCUGGUGGUGUCCAGUCGUUAUUGUCGUCAAGUAAACAAACCCAAACAGAAUUGCAGGUUACGACAGAAUUAAUCCAAAAACAAGUAAAAUCUCAAAAAGAGUUGGAGAACCGAAUUCGAUUCUUGGAAGAAACGGCUUCGAGGUACAAUACCGAAGAGCAAGUAAAGGAAUGGAAAACAAUCGUUCAGAAUAUGCAUCUUGACCAGCUGGAAUUACAAUCUCGGCAAAAGCAAAUAGAGGAGGUUCUUGGACAUUUACUACUAGAACGACAAACCAAGCUUUUGGUAUGA